AUUGAAGUAAAGUAAAUUACAUUUUCUUUUUUAGUUUAUAUUAUGUACGAAAUGUAGUGAUGUGAGCAUAGGAAUGAUAUAUGGUAGCAAGUUAGCAACAGACAGACACAAGCAAACCAAACCAUUCAGUCUCCACUGCUACAGGGUACAGAGUGAACGUAACCAUGGGCGACUCUAUCAUCUCCGCUGUUGUGGAACAGGUGAUCACCAUCAUCAAUCACCAAGUAGUCCAGGAGUUAAGAGCAGCGUUGGGUGUGGAGAAGGAGAUCGAAAAGCUCUCAUCAAAGCUCAACAAAAUCAAGGCGGUGUUGAAUGAUGCAGAGAGGAGAAGCUUCAACGAAGAGAUCGUGAAGCUUUGGGUGGAUGAGAUCAAAGACUUGUGCUACGAUGUGGAAGAUGUUCUGGAUGAGUGGAUCACCAGAAGUCGCAGACAACAGAUGGAGAGGUCGUCCCAGGUUGCAGCAGCUCCAGGUGCAGGAAGCUGUUGCUCUUUCCUUCCUUCUUGUUUCCAUUUCAAAAAGAUUGUUAUGCAUCGAGACAUCGCCAACAAAAUAAAGGAACUUGAUUCCAGACUUGAUCGGAUUACGACAGAGAAAGGUCAGUUCAAUUUUCUUGCUGUAGCAAACACAUCUGCAUCUGCAUCACUACACCCUGAUCAAGAAUUGAAACGAGUCAGCACUCCGUUUGAUGUGGAUGCAACAGAGAUUCAAGGUCGGAAAUCCGAUGCCAGUGCUUUAAUAAGCAAGUUGGUGGAGAAUAAUAAUAAUGAUAAUGGUCCCCCUGUCGUCAUUUCCAUAGUGGGCGCGGGAGGGAUAGGGAAAACUACCCUUGCUCAACUAGUCUAUGGAGAUGAACAGAUAAAGACUCAUUUUGAUGUGAGGGUGUGGGUUUGUGUUUCACACCCUUUUGACCAGAUCAAGAUUGCUAAAGGCAUUGUUCAUUCAAUCAGCUCCGAAAAUCUGUCCGAACAAAGUCUGCAAGUGUUACUGGGAAAAAUCCAAAGCACUUUGUCUCAGAAAAGGUUCCUACUUGUGUUGGAUGAUGUGUGGACAGAGGAGGAUGCAAUGUGGGCGCCAUUUAAAAACUGCCUCAAGGUUGGACUCCCCGGCAGUAGAAUCUUGGUGACCUCAAGGAGUGAGAGGGUUGCAAGAAUGAUGGCAAGUGUGUAUCUGCAUCGGGUGGACCUCAUCUCCGACUCUGAUGCUUGGUUGUUGCUUAGCAAGAUUGCAUUUUCCGGGGGAAGGGAUGACGCUUAUUCUAAGAAACUGGAAAAAAUUGGUGAGAAAAUUGCUCAAAAGUGUAAAGGACUGCCACUUGCUGUUAAGGUUAUGGGAAGCCUGUUACGUAACAAAGAUACUGAGGAGGAAUGGCAAACGGUUUUAUCUCAGCUGGAUACUAAAUUUUCGAAUGUGGAGGGAGUGGAAACACAUCUCUUUCCUCAUUUGCGUCUAAGCUACGAUGAUUUAACCCCUCAGAUGAAGAGAUGUUUCUCAUAUUGUGCUGUUUUUCCCAAGGAUUACAGAAUACAUGUAGAUGAGCUCAUCAGAAUUUGGAUGGCACAAGGUUAUCUCACAACAACAAAUGGCAGUGAUCAUAAUAAUCAGAUGGAACAGAAAGGCUGGGAGAUUUUUAACAAUUUAGCAAUGCGUUCUUUGUUCCAAGAUUUUGGGACUCAUCAUAGUAAGGAUCCGAACAUCAUUAUAUCUUGCAAUAUGCAUGACAUAGUGCAUGAUUUUGCCGAGUUUCUUACCAAAAAUGAAUGCUACAGUGUUGUUUGGCAUGAUCAGAAUAAGGUGAAGAUUGAAAAUCUACGUCAUCUAUCAUGGCAGAAAAUUGGAAAGCCUACGGAUCCUGCUUCCAUUUGUGAUGUCCUUGGAAAACUUCGUAGCUUUUUUGCUGAACACCUUUCUCCAGAACAACUUACUCCAAAUAUGUUCAAUGGUCUAAAGUCGGUGAGAGUAUUGGGAUUGAAUCAUUCUAUGUUGCAAAAACUCCCAAAAGAGAUUGGAGAUUUGCUUCAUCUGAGAUACAUUGAUUUAAGUUUUAGCAAAGUAGAAGAGUUGACUGAUUCAAUUUGCUCUUUGGAUAACUUGCAAACUCUAAAUCUUAAUGGAUGCCAUUCUUUUUCUAAACUACCUGAAGGGAUUGGAUAUUUGCAUCAGUUAAGGUUGAUUGAUUUAAGUAUGAGCAAAGUAAAUGAGUUACCUGAUUCAAUUUGCUCUUUGGAUAAAUUGCAAACUCUAAAUCUUAAAUAUUGUAGGUGUCUUUCUAGACUACCUGCAGGGAUUGGAAAUUUGCGUCACCUAAGCAAGAUUGAUUUAAGUGAGAGCAAUGUAGAGGAGUUACCUGAUUCAAUUUGCUCUUUGGAUAACAUACAAACUCUAGAUCUUAGAAGUUGUUAUAGUCUUUCUAGACUACCAGAAGGGAUUGGAAAUUUGCAUAACCUAAGGGAGAUUGAUAUAACUUGGAGCAAAGUAGAGGAGUUACCUGAUUCAAUUUGCUCUUUGGAUAACUUGCAAAUUCUAACACUUGCAUAUUGUAAGAGUCUUUGUAGACUACCUCAACGGAUUGGAAAUUUGCGCCACCUAAGCAAGAUUGAUUUAAGUAAGAGCAAAAUAGAAGAGUUGCCUGAUUCGAUUUGCUCUUUGGAUAACUUGGAAAUUGUAGACCUUGAAGGAUGUGAGUGUCUUUCUAGACUACCAGAAGGGAUUGGAAAUUUACAUCAGUUAAGGAGAAUUAAUUUAAGAAAGUGCAAAGUUGAGGAGUUGCCUGAUUCAAUUUGCUCUUUGGAUAACUUGCAAAUUCUAACACUUGCAUAUUGUAAGAGUCUUUCUAGACUACCUCAACAGAUUGGAAAUUUGCGUCACCUAAGCGAGAUUGAUUUAUGUCAGAGCAAAAUAGAAGAGUUGCCUGAUUCGAUUUGCUCUUUGGAUAACUUGAAAUUUCUAGACCUUGAAGGAUGUGAGUGUCUUUCUAGACUUCCUGAAGGGAUUGGAAAUUUACAUCAGUUAAGGAGCAUUAAUUUAAAAGAGUGCAAAGUUGAGGAGUUGCCUGAUUCAAUUUGGUCUUUGGAUAACUUGGAAUCUCUAAAUCUUGCAAGAUGUCAAUGUCUUUCUAGACUUCCUGAAGAGGUUGAAAAUUUGAAUAAGUUACAGAGGAUUUAUUUAAGUGGGUGCAAAGUUGAGGAGUUGCCUGAUUCAAUUUGCUCUUUGGAUAACUUGGAAACUCUAUGCCUUGAAGGAUGUGAGUGUCUUUCUAAACUUCCUAAAGAGAUUGGAAAUUUACAUAUGUUAUGGUGGAUUGAUUUAAGCGAGUGCAAAGUUGAGGAGUUGCCUAAUUCAAUUUGGUCUUUGGAAAACUUGAAAUAUCUAAACCUUGCAGGAUGUCAGUGUCUUUCUAGACUUUCUGAAGGGAUUGGAAAUUUGCGUCACCUCAGAGAGAUUAAUUUAAGUAGGAGCAAAAUUGAGGAGUUACCUGAUUCAAUUUGGUCUUUGGAUAACUUGAAAGUUCUAAACCUUGAAGGAUGUGAGUGUCUUUCUAAACUUCCUGAAGAGAUUGGAAAUUUAUAUCAGUUAAUUAGGAUUGAUUUAAGUAUGAGCAAAAUUGAGGAGUUACCUGAUUCAAUUUGGUCUUUGGAAAACUUGAAAUCAAUAAGACUUGCAGGAUGUCAGUGUCUUUCUAGACUUUCUGAAGGGAUUGGAAAUUUGCGUCACCUAAACAUGAUUGAUUUAAGUAUGAGCAAAAUUGAGGAGUUACCUGAUUCAAUUUGCUCUUUGGAGGAGUUGAAAAUUUUAGAUCUUAAAGGAUGUGAAUGUCUUUCUACACUCCCUGAUGGUAUUGAAAAUUUGCCUCGGUUACAUUUGAUUGAUUUAAGAGGGUGCAAAGUAGAGUUACCUGAUUCAAUUUACUCUUUGAAGUACUUGGAAAUUCGAGUUGGCGAACUGGGCAGCGAUCUAUCUAAAUAAUGCAGCAGAUGAUUGAGAUGUGGAGGAAGCAGUGAAAGCGAUGUAUUUUCUAUUUCUCAGGAGGCAAUUAUAGCUAGCGCAUCAAUAGAAUUGAACUGAAGUAAGCAUUCUUCUGUUACAUACAACUCACUCCAUCAUCACAACACUUUGAGGGGGCAGCAAACUCACACAUUAAUGGAGGCGGCGGCGGUGCUGCUCGCUCUCUGCAUGCAUGCCCUCAUAUAUGUGAGCAACUUAAAAGAAAUAGAGAGAGUAAAUCACAAGCUGGCAUGUCUCAACCACCAUCAUUGCAAUUUGCAUGCAUUAAUUGAUGGCUCGGGAGAAGCAAGUACACACGUAUGUAAGGGCAACACCGCGUAAUGAAGUCCCUAGGCAAUUGGUGGAUACUGAUUCUGAACGGAAUGGAAAGGUGUGCUUGAUUUGCGAAUAACGCCAGGUGGUUAGUGACCUACUUCAACCCAACCAACAUACCUCACACUUGAGCUUCCUAGUGGAACUGCAAUUAGAAUAACAGGAGAAGAUGUUGCCCCCACACCAAUGGGAAGAACAGAGAUAGUUGAAAGUCCAAGCCAGGGAUGUGAUGAACAUGAGGCUACUUGAGAACCCACAGAGCCAGAGCCACAAUCCACAACUCCUAACCGACCUUACAAGAGAAUUCAGUUGGAGACAUGAAUUUCAAGUUGGUGUUGGAUGCUGCGCAGAACAAUCCUUCAACCCAUGUAAAGACCAAUUCUGGGGGACCGUAUUGGGCAGCAACACUGUGAAUAUAAUGAAUAUGAUUAUAGGACACCUUCUCCACAGCAACUUUGGCAGGCACUGUGGAGAUGUAUACCAUCCCUAAACCCGCGCAGUUUGUCUUAUGGCAUUGGGCUUUAAACCAGCUAGACCCUAACAUGUAAGCGUGUAAUGCCUCACACAAGAUCGAAAUGACGAAUUAUUUGCACAUACAUAAUGGGAGGACUGCACUUUUGUCAGAUUUCCUAUCUUUACAGGACAACACAGAAGUGCGAGUAGUUGUCAUUGAUGCAUGGUGUUGUGUUCUAAAUGACAGCUAGGGAGAAAAUGAAAAAGAGGGACAACCCUUAGCUCCACACAAUGGUUUCCCCCAAGGCCAGUUAAGACAGAAGGAUUGAGUGGUUCAUUGAUCGGUUACGUUGGAAGCAUAUCUCAGGCUUGCACCAAACUUGAACUAUAUAUGCAACCUUGGACAUGAAACGGCUCUAAUGAUUUUCAGAGUUGGUCCCCCCGAUUUUGUGCACAUCGGUUCUUAUGAAAUUUUGUAUUUUGAUCCGGAGAUUGUACUAUCGUUGAUUAGCCCAUGGAGGAAUCUCGUGGAGGUUGUCAUUGCGCUACAUUGACAAUUGCUAUCAACUAGUUCUCUCCAUAUGUGACUGACUUCUCAUGAACCCACAUUGCUGUCAUGAUUGGAUGCAAUUCAUCACCAAGUUGGGUGAUUAUGUGUAGACAGAGGAGGAAUCUCGUGGAAGUUGUUUUUCCUUAUAGGUUCCUACAUGUGUUGGAUGAUGUGUGGACAGAGGAGGAUGCAAAGUGGGCGUCAUUUAAGAACUGCCUCCUCAAUGUUGCACUCCCUGGGAGUAGAAUCUUGGUGACCUCAAGGAGUGAGAGAGUUGCAAAAAUGAUGGCAAGUGUGAGACAUGUUAUUAAGUUUUUUUUAUACAUUCUGUAGUAUCAUUUCACUAAAAUUAAAGUAUCAUUUUAAUUCAAUUACAAUUCUAUUUGAUAAUAUAGACAUGUAAUUCAUCAGUUUCAUUUUGUACAUACUUCGGUUUCAUUUAAACACAAUUAAAGUAUCAUUUCAAUUCAA